AUGGUCCCUACAUAUGUUCGCCCACCACCAAUGUUCCAGAAGGGAGAAGGAUGUUUCUUGUGGGACGUUGAGAACAGACAAUAUCUCGACUUCACCUCUGGUAUCGCCGUCAAUGCUCUGGGUCACUGCGACCCCGAGAUGUCCAAGCUGCUCGCUCACCAAGCACAAACCCUCGUUCACACAUCGAACCUUUACCACAACCCCUGGACCGGCGCAUUGUCCAAGCUACUCAUUGAAAAGACGGUGGAAUCAGGAGCCAUGUCCGACGCAGCACGAGCUUUCAUUUGCAACUCUGGAUCCGAAGCCAACGAGGCUGCCAUCAAGUUCGCUCGCAAGUGUGGUCGCAUGGCUGAUGAGUCUGGUGAUAAGCAUGAGAUUGUCUCGUUCCACAACUCUUUCCACGGUCGUACCAUGGGCUCCCUCUCCGCCACUCCCAACCCCAAGUACCAGAAGCCCUUCGGUCCCAUGGUUCCUGGUUUCAGAUACGGCACAUACAACGAUGUCUCUGCCAUCAACGACCUCGUCACCGAAAAGACUUGCGGUGUCAUCAUUGAGCCCAUUCAAGGUGAGGGUGGUGUCAACGUCGCGACUGACGAGUUCCUCCUUGCCCUUCGCCGCCGCUGCACAGAGGUCGGUGCUGUUCUCAUCUUCGACGAAAUCCAGUGCGGUCUUGGCCGUACCGGUACCAUGUGGGCCCACGGAGCUCUGCCCAAGGAGGCACACCCCGACAUCCUCACCACCGCAAAGGCCCUUGGAAACGGCUUCCCUAUCGGCGCUACCAUUGUCACCGAGAACGUCUCCAGCAAGAUCGUGACUGGCGACCAUGGAACCACUUUCGGUGGCAACCCUCUUGGUUCUCGCCUUGCACACUACAUCGUCGGUCGUCUCUCAGGCUCCGAGAUCCAGGACGGUGUUUUGGCAAAAGAGAAGGUCUUCCGCAAGCGCUUUGAGCAGCUUAAGCAGAACUACCCCGAUGUCAUCACUGAGGUCCGUGGGCGUGGUCUUUUGCUCGGUGUCCAGCUCUCCCAAGACCCCACUCCUGUCGUUACCGCUGCCCGCGAGCGUGGUCUUCUGAUCAUCACCUGCGGAACCAACACCCUUCGCUUCGUCCCCCCGCUCAUCAUCUCUAAGUCCGAGAUUGAGCAAGGUAUGGACAUCCUUGAGGACGCCAUGAAGGCUGUCUUCAGAACCUCCGAGCAUAUUCCUGGCACCGAUGGACAGCAGGAGAUGCGUGCGUCAUAA